AUGGAUGUGGGCAGCAAAGAGGUCUUGAUGGAGAGCCCGCCGGACUACUCAGCAGUCCCCGGGGGCCGGCUCCGCAUCCCCUGCUGUCCCGUGAACAUCAAACGCCUUCUCAUCGUGGUCGUGGUUGUGGUCCUUGUCGUCGUGGUGGUGGUAGGGGCCCUGCUCAUGGGUCUUCACAUGAGCCAGAAACAUACAGAGAUGGUUCUAGAGAUGAGCAUCGCAGGCCCGGAGGCACAGCAGCGCCUGGCCCUGAGUGAGCGCGUGGGAACCUCUGCCACUUUCUCCAUUGGCUCCACCGGUACCGUGGUGUAUGACUACCAGCGGCUCCUGAUUGCCUACAAGCCAGCCCCCGGAACCUGCUGCUACAUCAUGAAGAUGGCUCCGCAGAGCAUCCCAAGUCUCGAGGCUCUCACUAGAAAAUUGCAGAAUCUCCAGCUCCCAACCAGAUGCUCUUUCCAGGCCAAGCCCCCAGCGCCUUCCUCGAAGCUGGGCCCGGAGCAGGGCCAUGACGCCAGCUCCGCAUUCUCUGGGGACCUGGCCUUCCUGGGCAGGACCGUGAGCACCCUGUGUGGAGAGGUGCCCCUGUACUACAUCUAG